GGCCAACAAGAAAGUUCAGGGUUUCUUCUGGUUCGAGCAGCCCACUGGACACAACCAAAAACCCGUCCAGCACAACUCUCCGCAGACGGCUCAGCUUGCCGAACGGGUGGCUGGGUGGAACGUUGUUUAUUCGGUUGUGGAGGAGGAAUUGAGGAGGCAAAAUCAUCUACCAUCGACUUUGCUUUGUGUUUGGGUGCGACGGCAACGGAACGCCUGGCCGCGCGAACCAAAGUCAAGAGCAGCCCCCCUAUCCCCCUCGAAAAAAAGGACGAGGUUGUGGCGAACGUCAUCUGGCGUUUCUUGGAACUACGAGGAUUUUUGUUGAACUCGCAUACGCAUUCUCCGCUGGCGCGUGCGAUGAACCAGGCCAUUAAGCUGGCCCGCGUCAAUGACAAGUUCCAAGACCCCCUUUACUUGUUCCUUGAGCUCGUCAGGGCAGGAGUAAUGCAUGGCCAUCUCUGGUCUGGCCGAGCCUUCAGUGGUGGGCCGAGCUUUGGGACAGAUGAUGAAAAGUCAUCAAUGCUCCUUGUGAUGCGGGUGCUUAGUAUUGUGCCGCUCAA